CAAUUUUCCUCCAAGGUUGUCUCCUCUCCUCUCUUCCCCUUCCUCUCCCGAGGGUGCUGACCUACAUCUCUACCGCCGGCCGUACCUCCGCGUCACCGCCGACGCCCUCGAUCAACCCCCCCCCCCCCCCCCCCCAAUCCCAACCCCCGCCCCCGUUGCCGUUCCCCGUUCCUCCUCGUCGCGUCCCCGCCCGCGAUUUCGGGCAUUGGGGUGUUUUCAGUAAUCACCAAUCUCAGCUCUACCAUAAUCAUGAGUCUAGCUUGUCUCGUAUGCCAUGGGAUGAGCAGUCCCUCCCAGUCUUUCAGAAGCUAUUCAGUCUCAAGCUCAGAGGAUGAAAACAGGUGUGGAGCUGCUGUUGCCUGCCUGUCGCGGAAAAUUAUGGCCGCAGGACCUGCUAACCGUGUGGGAACAUCAAAGGUGACGCCUGUAAUGGCCACUGGACAAGGCAUCGAAGGUGCUCCUCGCCUUCAAAGGAGCCGUGCUGUUUCAAGGGAUCUUGUUAGGGACUGGAACUUCGACGAGAUUGUUGUUGGGAACUAGAGUAGUAGGGUGCCAGCAGUUAUCCCCAGGCUGGACAUUGGACUAUUAUCUGGCAGGAGUUGAUGUACAUUUUCUAGUAUACAUCUGGAUAUCUAUGUACUCCCUCUGACCAACAAUAUAAGACGUUUUUGCAAACAAACAUAGCUUACAAAAACGUCUUAUAUUAUGGGACGAAGGGAGUACUCCCUGUGUACCUAAAUAAUUGUAGUUGGAGAGAAUAAUCUAGUUUUCCUCAACUACAAUUAUUUAGGUACAGAGGGAGUACUAUAUUAGUACGCGCCCAAUGAAAGAGCAAAUUAUUUAAUAGUACUUGUUACCACCUAUAGAGACCCCUCCUGGCUUGUUAUAUAAUUUGCCAAUUUGUGUAGUAAGCAUCCAUUUUUCUGUUUCUGCGUCUGAAUGAUAAAUCUAAUCUAAUUUUCCUGA